UGCGCACACACCCCUGCAGCCUGAAAUGGUACAGUCCAGAAAAGGCUUCACCACUUGAUUCUACUGAGCAUAUAAAACUUGUCCUCUGGUAUAUCUGCAUACAGGGCCCUUUGUGUCCUUGGGAGAGAACUUAGGAGUUACACAUUUCUCAGAGCACGUUCCGGGGUGUCUUGCAGUUGGGAGGAAGCAGGUAGAUCUGGAACAGACUAAGGAUUGGCGAAGUCUUAGAGGCCCCCUUGAUGUCUGGCUGAUAUCUCCAGAGCUUCUGAAUGCGACAGAUGUACCAAGAUGGUGUGCCUUCUCUUCCUCCCCCAAAUGUCAUAAUUUAGUGCACCUGCCCUUCGACUUCCUGCUGGCGGCUGUGGUGCUUCCUUCCUGCCCAAGCAAUCAAACAGCAGCACCGUCUCAGCCACAGCAGAGAAAAGAAGGCUCCAUCCAGGCGAGAACUGGGAACCCCAGAUUUGAGACGUCCACACCUGCUAAGGCUUUGGCCUGAAGAAGAACAACCAAGACACUCCUUCCUCUGCCUGUUGGAUACUGAAUGUUCAAGUUCCCAUUCAGGAAGAGAGAACAAAUGCCUCUCUGCUGCCCUGUCUCCUAACAUUCCAGCAUUCUUCGGGCCUAGCAAAGGGGCUACCACAUCACAAUGUAAGCAAGCCCAAGCUGUUCUCCCCACACUCCGCUAUCUUUUGUGACAUGCUGCUGCUACAUAGUGUGAAAAUCCACCCAAGUGCUGUCAAAACUCGAAAUAAAUUCUAAAUAAGACAUUUCAAUAAGCUGAAUUUUCUGGGUGGAUAGGGACCGGGACAAACAGUUAUAUUUGGUUUCAUUAUCUGUUUAGCACACACCGAGAACUUGAAUUUGGCUUUUCCCCCACAGGGCUAUUGACAUGUUGUGCCGCUAAGCUGCUCAAUGCUGUUUUUCACCUCGGAGUUUGCACCUGCCCUGACUCCAGGAUACUGCUACUGUCCCCCUUGCAGGUGGCAUGGAUGCCUCGCACACGGGUGACAUCUUCUGGGUGCUGGCAUUUACCGUCCCACUUCUGGUGAUUCUACUGGUGCUUUGCAUUGACUGCCGGGACCCUGAAUUAGACACACAAUCUGUUGAUGAUUACCAGUACAAGCCUUCAAGUAGUGCACGUUCGAGUUCAACCUUCAAGUUGAUACGUCCUCCCUCCCCACCUUGGCCUGCUGUUUCAUCCCAACCAGACAUGUGGAGGCACAGCAGAUGCCCCCCAUGCAGUCUUUCCUAUCCAGCACCGUCAUACAAAGUUGAAAGGGAUAAUGAAAGCAUUCCCAGUUAUGAAAACCAAGGUGAAGUACAAGCUGGUGCCACUGAUGAUGAGGAUAAUGAUGACAACUAUGUCCCUCCAUACAUUGACGUGCUGCCAGAUGCGCCACUUACAGAUCAAGGCAAUGAAGACGGUGCUUCCACAGAUUCCCUAGGGGAGCAGUAUGAGAAUGUGCUCGAGUGUGAGCGCAAUUCGCCCGGUGACUAUGUCAACGUACUAGAACCAGAAGCUACCAUGGUGGGUCCUUGUUUUGUUGGCAGUGGCACCAGUGAUCGGGAAAGUGAAGAUGACACUCCGGACUAUGAGAAUGUCUGUCCUGGGCUUUGAGGUUGAAAGGUUCCUUUGCCGGUUGCUCCAGUCACCUAUAUGCAGGAUGCAUUACCUGGUUGGUCUAAGGACACUGUCUUCCCAGUCACCCUCAAAUAUUGCCGUAACUUAUUGCCCUUCUUUGCACUUUGCAUGACACAUCCUGAGAAUUUUCCACAAUACUAUAGAAUCUUGGUAGCAAGAUUCAGAAGCUUGACUGUCCAUGUGGAACUGGUCUUCUAACACUCCCCACCCCCCAGCCCGCAAAGCAUUCUGGGUUGUUUAUGUCUCUUGGCUAAAUAAAGAACUGGUAAUUUCA